AUGGAACCAUUUGGAGAUAAAGUUUCCCAGCUGAACAAUGUGUUGGCCACAAAGAAGCGCAAUGUAAAGCGACUGGGUCGCAAAGUGAUAUUCCUUAUUUCAAGUAUCGCCUUCAUAUCUUUGGUCACCACGAUAAUUGUGGAUCGCAAUGCGGUGCGACAGGAGCCGAGAGUGAAACCAGCACAGAAACAGGAACACAUUCAUAUGUUCACGCUGCCAUCGCCGCAAGGUGAACGGAAGGACUGGAACGACCUCGAGGCCAUCGCAGCUGACAAGUUACGUUCCGGUCUUGGAGAACAUGGUCUUCCUGCCAAGAUUGAAGAUCCCGCCGAGCAGGAGCUGGAACAACAACUCUACCGGAAGAACGGCUUCAAUGGGCUGCUCUCAGACAAGAUCUCAGUCAAUCGCUCAGUGCCCGAUGUUCGCAAGGAGGAAUGCAAAACACGACAAUAUCUCGCCAAGCUCCCCAGCGUCAGCGUGGUCAUCAUCUUCUACAAUGAACACUUUAAGACUCUACUCCGCACAGUCUACAGUAUUAUCAAUCGCAGUCCGGCGGAGUUGCUCAAGCAAAUUGUGCUCGUGGAUGAUGGCAGCGAGUGGGAGUCGCUUAAGCAACAGUUGGAUGACUUCGUCUCUUUACACUGGCCAAAACUCGUUGACGUGGUGCACAACCCCGAACGACGUGGCUUGAUUGGAGCCCGUUUGGCCGGAGCUAAGGUCGCCACCGCCGAGGUCAUGGUCUUCUUUGACUCCCAUAUUGAGGUCAACUACAAUUGGUUACCUCCGUUAUUGGAGCCCAUUGUUAUUAACAUAAGGAUAUCGACAAGUCCCAUUGUGGACGUCAUCGAUCACAACAACUUUGAAUAUAGAGGUUAUCAGGAGGGAAUUCGUGGCGGUUUCGACUGGAACUUCCACUAUAAACAGCUGCCAGUAUUGCCAGAGGACAGUGUGGACAAAUCCCUGCCAUAUCGCAGUCCUGUUAUGAUGGGAGGCCUGUUUGCCAUCAACACAGAGUUCUUUUGGGAUCUGGGUGGGUACGAUGAUGAACUCGAUAUUUGGGGAGGUGAGCAAUACGAGCUGAGCUUUAAGAUCUGGAUGUGUGGAGGCAUGUUGUUGGAUGUACCCUGUUCCCGUGUGGCCCACAUAUUCCGUGGUCCCAUGGAUCCACGUCCCAAUCCACGUAACUACAACUUUGUGGCAAGGAAUCACAAGCGUGUGGCUGAGGUUUGGAUGGAUGAGUACAAGGAAUACGUCUACACAAGAGAUCCCGAGACCUAUGACAAUAUUGAUGCUGGAGACUUAAGUCGACAACGUGCGAUUCGUGAGAGAUUGAAGUGCAAAUCCUUUGACUGGUACAUGAAAGAAGUUGCACCCGAUCCAGUCGAGCCGCCUUCGUAUGCAUCUGGCGCCAUUCAGAGUCUGGGCUAUCCGGAGUACUGCAUUGAUGCCAUGAACUUGCCUGCCGGCAAUCCUGUGGGUCUAUAUUUCUGCGUUCAGAAUCGGACAUUCCCAGAGGCCAAUCAAUAUUGGAUUCUCAGUGCUGGUCGCUCUCUGAAACACUUUGGCGAUGGCGAGUGUCUGGAUGUUCAGGAUUCACACGCCAAUGCCACUGUCUGGAUGUGGGACUGUCAUAAUCAAGGUGGAAAUCAAUACUGGUAUUACGAUCGCCAGCAUCAAUGGAUCGUUAAUGGAAUCCGUAAGAGUCGCUGCAUGGAAGCAUUUGUUCAGGAUAAUGUGACAGCUGUUUAUACCAAUGAAUGCAAUGAAAAGAACGAUCGACAACACUGGACAUUUGGUAUGAUCAGUCACGAACUAAAGUUUUGAAUGUAAUUUUGUGUCACACCGAAUUAAAUAUAUGACUAUGAAAACCCUCAAUAUUUUUUAACUGUAUAGCAUAGUUUCUAGAGCAUCAUUUGAAACAUUAGUGUGGAUCGAAUUGUAUAAAUAAACUUUAUGAAAGCUGGUACUCAAAUUACGCGUUUUAUAAUUUAGCGUAUCAAUUUAAAAAUUUUAAAAAAAUUUGAUCUGCAACAGCUGAGAAUUUAGAUAUUAAUAAAAUUUUAAAAAUGAGACUUAAAGUGU